AUACGGUCGUCAAGUACGAAGGAACACCAGUUAUAUUACGCUUGAUGUUGAGAAAGACCAGAAUAUAAUUUUCAUAUUUGUGUCCGCAUAGGUGAAAAAAUAGUUAAAUAAACCUGAACACAAUAAAAGUUAGGUUAUUUAAGGUUAGAACAUGCCAUGUUUUGGUCUCCGUAUUUAAAUAAUUAAAGAAGAUCUGUGUUUUCUUAUGAACAUUAACAUGUUUCGUCCGACGAGAAGCUUAUUAUCAACCUUGAAUCGUGUCAAGGAAUGUCGUGCGGUGCACGCUAGUAGUCAAACUUUAGCAGAAAUUACAGAAUAUGAAUCUGUUAUUACUGAUGAAUAUAAAAGAGGACCUGAAGAAGGCAGGGCCCUUUAUCUGGAUGCUCAAGCAACUACACCAGUGGAUCCAAGAGUAUUAGAUAAAAUGAUGCCUUAUCUUAUAGCAUAUUAUGGAAAUCCACAUUCCAGAACCCAUAUGUAUGGUUGGGAGACAGAAACAGCAGUUGAGCUUGCCCGUAAACAAGUAGCAAAUCUGAUAGGUGCAGAUAAAAAAGAAAUUAUAUUCACAUCUGGUGCAACAGAAUGCAAUAACAUAGCUGUAAAAGGUGUAGCAAGGUUUUACAAGAGCAAGAAAAAUCAUAUUGUGACAACCCAGAUAGAGCACAAAUGUGUACUAGAUUCCUGUAGAGCCUUGCAAGCAGAAGGAUUUGAAGUAACUUAUAUUCCAGUGAACUCAAAUGGUCUUAUUGAUCUUAAUCAGUUAGAAGAUGCAAUUAGACCAAGUACUUCUCUGGUUUCUAUAAUGAUGGUAAAUAAUGAAAUUGGUGUGAGGCAACCAGUUGAAGAAAUUGGUGCCAUUUGUAGGAAAAAGAAGGUGUUUUUCCACACAGAUGCAGCUCAGGCUGUUGGAAAAAUUCCGGUCGAUGUUAAUUCGAUGAACAUCGAUCUAAUGUCUAUUAGUGGACAUAAAAUAUAUGGUCCAAAAGGAAUUGGGGCUCUAUAUGUGAGAAGAAGACCGAGAGUUCGCGUAGAGCCAAUUCAAAGUGGCGGUGGUCAGGAAAGGGGUAUGAGAAGUGGUACUGUUCCAGCUCCUUUAGCUGUGGGGCUAGGAGCAGCCUGUGAAUUGUCACAAGCAGAAAUGGAGUACGAUCAUAAGUAUAUCUCGAUGCUCUCCAGUCGUUUAAUUGAAGCGAUAACGUCAAAUUUGGCACACGUUAUACGUAAUGGAGACCCUGUUGCUUGGUACCCUGGCUGUGUAAAUUUAUCUUUCGCAUAUGUGGAAGGUGAAUCUUUAUUAAUGGCAUUAAAAAACGUUGCUUUGAGCAGCGGAUCUGCUUGCACCAGUGCAAGUUUGGAACCUAGUUAUGUGUUAAGAGCAAUCGGAACAUCGGAAGAUUUAGCACAUUCCAGUAUUAGAUUUGGUAUUGGCCGGUUUACAACGAUUGACGAGAUUGAUUACACCGCAAAAAAUACAAUUCAACAUGUACAGAGACUUCGAGAAAUGAGUCCAUUGUGGGAGAUGGUACAAGAGGGAAUCGAUCUAAAAUCUAUCCAAUGGACUCAACACUAAUGGCUUCUUACCGCAUAGUCCUGACUACCUGAUUAUGUAGAUAGUGUGGAUUAAAUAUACGAACCGUAAGUUUCCGAAAUAGACCAAGCCUAAUUGAGUAAAACAUUGUUCAGUAUGUAAUAAAUUUUUAUUUGAAAUUCUUUA